AUGGGUGGAAGUGGUUCAAAACAAACUCAUCUAUCUCUAACAUCAGUCACAUCUAAUCGUCGUAUCGUUCAAAAUUUUCUUCUUGUCUGGUUAGAUUCUGAUAUUGACGAAAUAAAAGAAGAUUAUCGUGAUGCUAUAACUCAUUUACGACGUAUUGUCAAUGCUAUAAAUCUAUUUACUGAUAUUCAUCAAUGUAUUAAUUUUCUAAAUGAAAUAAAAAAUGAAAAAGUAUUUCUUAUUGUUUCCGAUACACUUGGUAAAACUAUAGUGCCUUCAAUUCAUGAAAUAUCUCAACUUGAUUCAAUUUAUAUUUUUUGUAAAACUCAAACAAAUCACGAUCAAUGGACAAAACAAUGGUCAAAAAUCAAAAGAACUUUUACACAAAUUCUAUUACUCUGCGAAUCAUUAAAACAAGCAGCACAAAAUUGUGAUAAAAAUUCUAUUUCAAUGAGUUUUGUUUCAACACAUGAUGAUGUAUUAAAACAAGAUAUUAAUCAACUUGAUCCAUCAUUUAUGUAUACACAAAUAUUAAAAGAAAUUAUAUUCGAAAUAACAUAUAAUCAACGUUUUCGAAAAGAUUUAGCAUCUUAUUGUCGAGAAUUAUAUGUUGAUAAUAAUCAUGAAUUAAAAAAUAUUAAUAAAUUUGAACGUGAAUAUCAUUAUCAUACGCCUAUAUGGUGGUAUACAUAUGAUUGUUGUAUUUAUUCAAUGCUUAAUCGAGCAUUACGUAAUCAAGAAGUUGAUACAAUUAUAAAAAUGGGCUUUUUUAUACAAGAUCUACACCGAUAUAUUGAAAGAUUACAUAAAAAACAAUAUUUAAAUCAUCGCCAUCGAAAAUCAAAAUCAUUUAUUGUUUAUCGUGGUCAAACUUUAUCAAAAUUUGAUUUUGAUAAAUUAAUAAAAACUAGAGGUGGUUUAUUAUCAUUCAAUAAUUUCUUAUCAACAACAAAAGAACGUAAAAUUUCAUUAAAUUUUACUCGUCAUGCUAUUAAAAGUAAUUCGAAAUCAAUUGGAAUUCUAUUUAAAAUGAUUAUUAAUCCAUCAAUUUUAUCAGCACCAUUUGCUUCACUUAAUAAAUAUAGUUAUUAUAAAGAUUCGGAACAAGAAAUACUUUUUUCUAUGCAUACUAUUUUUCGUAUUAAUGAUAUCAAACAAGUUGAUGAUGAUGAUGAUGGCGAAUAUAAUGAUAUUUGGCAAGUUGAAUUAAUAUUAACAAAUGAUAAUGAUAAACAAUUGAGUAUUCUUACGGAAAAAAUACGACAAGAAACACAAGAAAAAAUCGGAUGGCCACGUUUAGGAAAUUUAUUAAUUGGAUUGGGUAAUUAUAAUGCAGCUGAAGAAGUAUAUGAUAUAUUAUUAAAAUCACCCGGAAAUGAUAUUGAAAAAGCAUAUCUUUAUCAUCAAAUAGGUGUUAUUAAAGAUAAUCAAUAUCAUUAUACAGAAGCGAUAUCAUUCUAUAAAAAAUCACUUGAUAUUUAUAAAGAAAAUUUUCAAGCAAAUCAUCCAUUAUUAGCUACAUGUUAUAAAAGUAUUGCAUUAGUAUGUAAUAAUAUGAAAGAUUAUUCGAAUGCACUGUUUUUUCAAUAUAAAGCACUUGAAAUAGAAGAAUAUAUCCUUCCACCAACUCAUCAUUCAUUGGCAACAUCUUAUAAUAACGUUGGUGUUAUUUUACAUCACACAGAAGAAUAUAAACUAUCACUUUUAUAUUAUCAAAAAACGCUUGAAAUUUGCAAGAAAAUUUUUCCUAAAAAUCAUCCUAUGUUUGCUAAGUGUUAUAAUAAUAUUGGUUUAGUAUAUCAAUCUAUGAAUGAUUAUUCUCAAGCAUUAUUAUAUUAUGAAUAUGCUGUUGAAAUUGGACAACAAUCAUUACAUACAAAUCAUCCUCAUCUUCAAUUGUACAAAGACAAUCUUGAAUUUUUAAAAAAGAAAUUAAAUGAAGAAUAA